AUGAAGGGAUCUCAAUGCAGUAUCAGUAUUUCGUCGAUUUUUGACACGGAGGCCAGAAGUAGCUUGCCCUUUUUUUCCCUUCAUUUGAUCACCUAUAAGAACAAUAACAGUAACACACACUUUAUUACCCAUCUGAUUCUGCUCCACUCAAAAAAACAAGAGUUUGCUCUUUUUACCUCGUGGUAUUCUUCUUUUACAGGUGAUGGGAAAUGUGUUAUCUGUGACUCAUAUGUACGUCCUUGCACUCUUGUGCGAAUAUGCGAUGAAUGCAACUAUGGCUCCUAUCAAGGUCGCUGUGUAAUAUGCGGAGGACCUGGUGUCUCGGAUGCUUAUUAUUGUAAAGAAUGUACAGUUCAGGAGAAAGAUAGAGAUGGAUGCCCCAAAAUUGUCAACUUAGGAAGUUCAAAGACAGAUCUGUUUUACGAAAGGAAAAAAUAUGGUUUUAAGAAGAGGUGAUGGCAUACCUCACUUAGUUACAAGUUUUAUGCAUGCAUAGUUCUCACGAGUAAAAGACGUCAACAAUAAAAGGUCCAGCAUGUACUUUGUUCUGCCACUAUUUUUGGUUCAAUUCCACCAUCCUGCUCAACUCAGAUGGUUUAUCCUGAACAUGGCUGGUUAGAGUUGCAGCUCUCCACCUGACGUCUGUCACAAGUGAUAUUCUGUUUUUCAUUCUGAAUUCCACCAUCAAUUUUAAAACCAUCCCGAAUCCCGCCGUCGAAAGUGAGUAAAUCCUGCAACCGCUGAAGUAUUUUUAUUUGGCUUCUCGCCAUUAAAAUGUCUGCCAUCGCGCAUCCUGCUUCCAUGUUUACUCUCAUCCCACAUCCUGUCAUACCUAUGUUGGACCCUCAAUAACACCUCUGAUGUACUGUAUGUCUAUGGAGAGAUACUGUUUUAUAGAGUUUGUCAGCUUACAUCUAUGCAUCAUUUUGUCGUAUGCAAUGAAAAUUGUUUUUUUUAUGAAGAAUAUCAUACUACAACACAUGAACCGUUCUGCCAUGUAAAGUAAAAGUAAACUAAAUCUUGUGAUACUAUUUUGUCGAAAAUGUACACAUUUUCAUUUCCGUCAAAUAAAAGUAAAAUUAG